GGGAAGAUGCCGGAGCGUGAAGGAGUUCGAGAAGCUGAAUCGGAUCGGAGAGGGCACCUACGGCAUAGUGUACCGGGCCCGGGACACCCUGACAGACGAGACCGUGGCAUUGAAGAAGGUGCGGAUGGACAACGAGAAAGAUGGAAUGCCCAUCAGCAGCCUGCGGGAGAUCACCCUGCUCCUGCAGCUUCGGCACCCCAACAUCGUGGAGCUGAAGGAGGUGGUUGUAGGGAACCAUCUGGAGAGUAUUUUCCUGGUGAUGGGCUACUGCGAGCAGGACCUAGCCAGCCUUCUCGAGAACAUGCAGACGCCUUUUUCAGAGGCUCAGGUGAAGUGCAUCAUCCUGCAAGUCCUGAAGGGCCUGCAGUACCUUCACGAGAACUACGUCAUCCACAGGGAUCUGAAGGUGUCCAACCUGCUCAUGACUGACAAAGGCUGCGUCAAGAUAGCCGAUUUUGGACUGGCACGCACCUACGGGAUGCCGCCGAAGCCGAUGACCCCCAAAGUCGUCACGCUCUGGUACCGAGCGCCCGAGCUGCUGCUGGGGAUGACGACCCAGACCACCAGCAUCGACAUGUGGGCCAUGGGCUGCAUCCUCGCCGAGCUGCAGCCCCACAAGCCGCUGCUGCCGGGCACCUCCGAGAUCCACCAGAUCGACCUCAUCGUGCAGCUCCUAGGGACGCCCAACGAAAACAUCUGGCCGGGUUUCUCCAAGCUGCCCCUGGUGAGCCAGUACACCCUGCGGAAGCAGCCCUAC